AUGUCGUACAACGAUAAUAGUCACUACUACGACCCCAACCAUCAGGGUGGGGCUCCGCCUGCGGAUGGCUAUUACCAACAACCCUACGAUGAACAACAGCCCCAUCAGGACUUCUAUGAUCCAAAUGUCCAAUAUCAUCAACAACCUUAUGAUAUGGACGGAUACCAAGAUCCCAAUGGUGCUGCUUAUGGUGCUCAUGCUCAGCCUCAACAACAAGGCGCUGGCUACAAUGCUGAUCCAGAAGCAUUCUCGGAUUUCAGCUACGGUGGUCAGACCCCUGGCACCCCUGGUUACGAUCAAUACGGUACUCAAUACACUCCAUCCCAAAUGAGUUACGGUGGUGAUCCUCGUUCUUCUGGUGCCUCGACUCCUAUCUAUGGUGCUCAGGGCCAGUACGAUCCUACUCAAUUUCAAAUGUCUUCUAACUUGCCUUACCCUGCUUGGUCUGCUGAUCCUCAAGCCCCAAUCAAGGUUGAACACAUUGAAGACAUUUUCAUUGAUUUGACAAACAAGUUCGGUUUCCAGAGAGAUUCCAUGAGAAACAUGUUCGACUACUUCAUGACCCUCUUGGAUUCCAGAGCCUCCCGUAUGUCUCCAGCACAAGCUCUUUUGAGUUUGCACGCUGAUUACAUCGGUGGUGACAAUGCUAACUACAAGAAAUGGUACUUUGCUUCCCAACAAGAUUUGGACGACUCCCUUGGUUUCGCCAACAUGAACUUGGGUAAGAUCGGUAGAAAGGCUAGAAAGGCUUCGAAGAAGUCUAAGAAGGCUAGAGCUGCUGUUGAAGAACACGGUCAAGACAUUGACGCUUUGGCGAACGAAUUAGAAGGUGAUUACUCCCUCGAAGCUGCUGAAGUCAGAUGGAAGGCGAAGAUGAACUCUCUUACUCCUGAAGAAAGAGUUAGAGACAUCACUCUUUACCUCUUGUUAUGGGGUGAAUCCAACCAAGUCAGAUUCACUCCAGAAUGUUUGUGUUACAUCUACAAGGCCGCUUUUGACUACUUGUUGUCUCCUCAAUGUCAACAAAGACAAGAGCCAGUUCCAGAGGGUGAUUACUUGAACCGUGUUGUUACUCCACUUUAUAGAUUCUUGAGAUCUCAGGUCUAUGAGAUUUACGAUGGCAGAUUCGUCAAGCGUGAAAAGGAUCACAACAAGGUUAUUGGUUACGAUGAUGUUAACCAAUUGUUCUGGUACCCAGAAGGUAUUUCUAGAAUUAUCUUUAACGAUGGUACUAGAUUGGUCGAUAUUCCUCAAGAAGAACGUUUCCUUAGAUUGGGUGAAGUCGAAUGGCAAAAUGUCUUCUUCAAGACCUAUAAGGAAAUCAGAACUUGGUUGCAUUUUAUCACCAACUUCAACAGAAUUUGGAUUAUCCAUGGCUCCUUUUACUGGAUGUACUGUGCCUACAACUCCCCAACCCUUUAUACUUUACAUUACCAACAAACCAUCAACCAGCAGCCUACUGCAUCUUCUAGAUGGGCUGCUGCUGCCAUUGGUGGUGUUAUUGCUUCCUUUAUUCAAAUUUUGGCUACUCUUUUUGAAUGGAUGUUCGUUCCAAGAGAAUGGGCCGGUGCUCAACAUUUGAGUCGUCGUUUGUUAUUCUUGAUUGGUGUCUUCUUAUUGAACUUGGUUCCCGUUGUCUAUACCUUCUACUGGGCUGGAUUAGCUGCUAUCUCUAAGUCAGCGCAUAUUAUUUCCAUUGUUGGUUUCUUUAUUGCUGUUGCCACUGUUGUUUUCUUUUCUGUUAUGCCUUUGGGUGGUUUAUUUACUUCCUACUUGAACAACAGAUCUAGAAAGUACUUGGCUCAACAAACUUUUACCGCUAACUUUAUCAAGUUAAGAGGCUUGGACAUGUGGUUAUCUUACUUAUUGUGGACCAUUGUUUUCUUGGCUAAGUUGACUGAAUCUUAUUUCUUCUUGAUUCUUUCUAUCAGAGAUCCAAUCAGAAUUUUGUCAACCACUACCAUGAGAUGUACUGGUGAAGUUUGGUUCGGUGACGUGUUAUGUCGUAACCAAGCCAAGAUUGUCUUAGGUUUGAUGUACACUGUCGAUUUGUUGUUGUUCUUCUUGGAUACUUACAUGUGGUACAUUAUCUGUAACUGUAUCUUCUCCAUUGGUCGUUCCUUCUAUUUGGGUAUUUCUAUUUUGACUCCAUGGAGAAACAUUUUCACCAGAUUACCAAAGAGAAUCUAUUCCAAGAUCUUGGCUACCACUGAGAUGGAAAUCAAGUACAAACCAAAGGUUUUGAUCUCUCAAAUUUGGAAUGCUAUCGUCAUUUCCAUGUACAGAGAACAUUUAUUAGCCAUUGACCACGUUCAAAAGUUGUUAUACCAUCAAGUUCCUUCAGAAAUUGAAGGUAAGAGAACUUUGAGAGCUCCAACUUUCUUCGUUUCUCAAGAUGAUAACAAUUUCGAGACGGAGUUCUUCCCAAGAAACUCAGAGGCUGAAAGAAGAAUUUCUUUCUUUGCCCAAUCUUUGGCUACUCCAAUAUUGGAACCUUUGCCUGUUGACAACAUGCCUACUUUCACUGUUUUCACUCCUCAUUACUCUGAAAAGAUUUUGUUGUCUUUGAGAGAAAUUAUCAGAGAAGACAACCAGUUCACAAGAGUUACCUUGUUGGAAUACUUGAAGCAAUUGCACCCAGUCGAAUGGGAAUGUUUUGUUAAGGACACCAAGAUCUUGGCAGAGGAAACCGCUGCUUACGAAGAAGGUGAGGAUGCCGAGAAGUUGUCCGAAGAUGCCUUGAAGUCCAAGAUUGAUGAUUUGCCAUUCUACUGUAUUGGUUUCAAAUCUGCUGCUCCUGAAUACACCUUAAGAACUAGAAUUUGGGCUUCGUUGAGAGCUCAAACCUUGUACAGAACUGUUUCCGGUUUCAUGAACUAUGCUAGAGCCAUCAAAUUAUUAUACAGAGUUGAAAACCCAGAGUUGGUCCAAUACUUCGGGGGUGAUCCAGAAGGCUUGGAAUUAGCUUUGGAGAAGAUGGCCAGAAGAAAGUUCAGAUUCUUGGUUUCUAUGCAAAGAUUGUCCAAGUUCAGAGACGAUGAAAUGGAAAAUGCUGAAUUUUUGUUACGUGCUUACCCAGACUUACAAAUUGCUUACUUAGAUGAAGAACCAGCUUUGACUGAAGACGAAGAACCAAGAGUUUACUCUGCUUUGAUUGAUGGUCAUUGUGAAGUAUUAGAAAAUGGUAGACGUCGUCCAAAGUUUAGAGUUCAAUUAUCUGGUAACCCAAUUUUGGGUGAUGGUAAGUCUGAUAACCAAAACCAUGCUAUUAUUUUCCACAGAGGUGAAUACAUUCAAUUAAUUGAUGCUAACCAAGAUAACUAUUUGGAAGAAUGUUUGAAGAUUAGAUCCGUUUUGGCUGAAUUCGAAGAAUUAAACGUUGAACAUGUUAACCCAUAUGCUCCUACUAUGAAGUCUCAAGAUGCUUCUGAACAAAAGUACCCUGUUGCCAUUUUGGGUGCUAGAGAAUACAUUUUCUCUGAAAACUCUGGUGUUUUGGGUGACGUUGCUGCUGGUAAGGAACAGACUUUCGGUACUUUGUUCGCUAGAACUUUGGCUCAAAUCGGUGGUAAAUUGCAUUAUGGUCACCCGGAUUUCUUGAAUGCUACUUUCAUGUUGACAAGAGGUGGUGUUUCUAAGGCCCAAAAGGGUUUACAUUUGAACGAAGAUAUUUACGCUGGUAUGACUGCUAUGUUAAGAGGUGGUAAAAUCAAGCAUUGUGAAUACUACCAAUGUGGUAAGGGUAGAGAUUUAGGUUUCGGUUCCAUUUUGAAUUUCACAACUAAGAUUGGUGCAGGUAUGGGUGAACAGAUGUUGUCCAGAGAAUACUACUACUUGUCUACUCAAUUGCCAAUUGACCGUUUCUUGUCUUUCUACUAUGGUCACCCAGGUUUCCAUAUUAACAAUAUUUUCAUUCAAUUGUCCUUGCAAGUUUUCAUCUUGGUUUUGGCUAACUUGAACUCUUUGGCUCACGAAUCUGUUAUGUGUUCUUACAACAAGAACAUUCCAAUCACUGAUGUUUUGUAUCCAUUUGGUUGUUACAAUUUCGCUCCAGCUGUUGACUGGGUUAGACGUUAUACUUUGUCUAUUUUCAUUGUUUUCUUCAUUUCUUUCAUUCCGUUAGUUGUGCAAGAAUUGAUUGAAAGAGGUAUUUGGAAGGCUUUCCAAAGAUUCACCCGUCACUUUGUUUCAUUGUCCCCAAUGUUCGAAGUUUUCGUUGCUCAAAUCUAUUCCUCAUCCGUCUUCACUGAUUUGACUGUUGGUGGUGCCAGAUAUAUUUCUACCGGUAGAAGUUUUGCUACUUCUAGAAACCAGUUCACUCUUUUGUACACUCGUUUCGCCGAAUCUUCCAUUUACAUGGGUGCAAGAUUAAUGAUGAUUUUGCUUUUCGGUACCGUUUCUCACUGGCAAGCACCAUUGUUAUGGUUCUGGGCAUCCUUGUCAUCAUUGAUGUUCUCUCCAUUCAUGUUCAACCCACAUCAAUUCGCUUGGGAAGAUUUCUUCAUUGACUACCGUGAUUUCAUCAGAUGGUUAUCUAGAGGUAACACCAAGUGGCACAGAAACUCUUGGAUCGGUUACGUCAGACUUUCUAGAUCUCGUGUUACUGGUUUCAAGCGUAAGUUGAUUAACGAUGAAUCCGAAAAGGCUUCCGGUGAUGCUACCAGAGCUCACAGAUCCAACGUCUUAUUCGCCGACUUCUUCCCAACUCUUAUCUACACUGCUGGUCUUUUUGUCGCUUACACUUUCAUUAACGCCCAAACCGGUGUUACUACUUACAGUUACGAAAUUGAUGGAAGUACGGAUGUUAUCGAAGUGAACUCUACUUUAAGAGUUGUCAUUUGUGCUUUGGCCCCAGUUGUUAUUGACAUUGGUGUUCUUGGUGGAUGUCUUGGUUUAGCUUGUUGUGCUGGUCCAAUGUUAGGCUUGUGCUGUAAGAAGACUGGUGCUGUGAUUGCAGGUGUUGCCCACGGUAUCGCUGUUGUUAUUCACUUGAUUUUCUUCAUUGUUAUGUGGGUUAUGGAAGGUUUCGUUUUUGCUAGAAUGAUGUUGGGUCUUGCUACUAUGGUGUACAUCCAAAGAUUGUUGUUCAAGUUCUUAACCUUGUGUUUCUUGACUAGGGAAUUUAAGCAUGACAAGGCCAACACUGCUUUCUGGACUGGUAAGUGGUACGGUACUGGUAUGGGUUACAUGGCUUUCACUCAGCCAGCUCGUGAAUUCUGUGCAAAGAUUAUUGAAAUGUCUGAAUUUGCUGGUGAUUUCGUCUUAGCUCACAUCAUCUUGUUCUGUCAAUUACCAAUCUUGUUCAUUCCAUUGGUCGACAGAUGGCACUCCACCAUGUUGUUCUGGUUGAAGCCUUCUAGAUUGAUUAGACCACCAAUUUACUCAUUGAAGCAAGCCAGAUUGAGAAAGAGAAUGGUGAGAAAGUACUGUACUCUUUACUUCCUUAUCUUGGUCUUGUUCGUCAUUAUUAUUGCUGCUCCAGCUAUCGCUGCUGCUCAUGUUCCUGAAGACAUUUUUGCCGACAUGAGUGGUAUUAUGAAGGGAUUAUUCCAACCAAGACACGCAAAGAACAACGAUACUGGUACCAACAGACCAAAGGGUUACACUUGGGUUUAUCAAUCCGCAAGAUCCCAUCAUACAAAAGCCUACACCACUAAAGACUUCUAG